UCAAGUUCAGUUCAGUAUCCGUCUGAACGUGGCCGCGUACGGUCGUGAUGGUUCCCCGGGCACGACACCGCUGACUCUGGACUAACGGAUUUGUGAGGUUGGAUUUUCACCGGAUUUGUGGCGGGGGUCAUCCCUUUUGAAGUGUGUUGUGUUGUGGUAGUAGAAGCCGCCGCGGGUUAAGGUGUAAGGUCGUCCGUCACACAGGUGUACAUUUUCUUAAGGGAUGAGGUCAGAAGGUCCUGCAAAGCAAUUGCUGUUGAUUACUUAUUCCGUUUAAUCAGCGUCGACGGGUGGUUCUUCGACGGAUCCUUCCGGGAGUGAGGACGAAGGAUUUCAUUUUUUUUUUUGCCUGAAGUUUUAGGAAGUGCAAAACGUGGAAUAUUUAAGGGGUGGUCGCUCGUGGCACCGCAAAUUGAUAAUGGAAAUGCAAAUCGACGGAAGUGGUCGCCUCGGGGCAGGAAAAAGUCCGGGAAAAUCGUGAAGAAUCCCGCGAAGAGAUAGAAUUUGAAACCUUCAUCAAGUGGAACGAUUUAACGAGGAGAGGAAAUUGAAAGUUUUUUUUUGCGUCCUUUUUUCGUUCAGAGUAGUACGCGAACCUGGGAGAUUCCUUCCGGGAACUUCUUCCUGGAAUUCCUUCCAAGAUAAAGUGAUUAAGGAGUAACCCCCACGAAUCUCAACCUCAACAGACCUUCUUGCCCGGGGCGCAAUCAAUCAUCUGGAUCGCGGUGACGACUCCGACGCCAACCGGUUUGGAUUAAAGUGGAUCAGUGUGGAUGGCCUAAUUGAAUCAAAUCGACUCAAAGUGAGUGAGUUUAGCACGCCAAAUUGGAUCAGCCGGAGUCCAGCUGAAUCGUUGCUAACGACGAGUUCUGCGAAUCAAUCAACUCUGGGGAAGAAGAAGAAAAAGAAAGAGUUGAAUUGAAAUACGAGCAAAUGAAAUACAGAAGAUAGAAAAAGUUUCCUUCAUUGAAUUUCGAAGUGCAUCAUCCCAGAAUUGGCAACCAGCUGGAAGCAAUUUAUUCCUGGGAGAAAACGAAGAAAAGUGAGUUUUCCUUUAGUUUCAACUCGAUGGACUGCAGCAGCUUAGAAGACAGCAGCAGACACCAGAUGCGACUGCAUCGGGGCUGAAUCGGGGCGAAACUAGUCGAUCAUCACCGGAGAGUAUACGGCGGGGGAACCCGCGGAUGAGAUCGAGUCCUCCAGAUUCAUCAGCCGAGCCAUCAGCCGAAAAACAAAGUGAAAUCGUCUCGCCUUAUCCCGUAACCUGAUAAGAAACCGCAGACGUCAACGUGACAGAGAAGAAGGAAAAAAGAGAAAAAGAAGAAGAAAACAAUGGGAACGAAGACGACGCCGGCGACUGUUGGUUGUCUUUUCACGCAGAUAAGCGAAGUACGUCGGCAGUGUUGGUGUGGUUGUAGGUGUGAUGGUGACACGGCACAAUAAAUCUUGUUCACUCGCACAAGUGAACAGAGGAGAGGUCUUUUCUGCAGUGCGGUAGAUCUAGAGCAGAACCAAUGAUCUUAGAAUGCAAACAACGUUAAAUUGAACCAUGUUUCUCGUGAAACCCGUGUCAUCAUCACCGUUAGACAAGCCUCCUGAAUGUACCAAAAAUGUGCUUAAAAACAUAGUGAAUAAACCACGAAAGUUUUCCAAAGGAAACCCCUGAAGCAGGGAAACCGCCCAAAAACCACAACGAAAUCAAACCCCCCUCGCAAAAUGUCCUCGCUCAAAUUCAUCGACUACAUGAACAUCAGCUCGCUGAGCGCGAUAAGCUUCGUGAACGCAAGCCUGGCUUUUCUGAACAGCACCAACGGAACCAACGGCAGCACUGCCUCCUACCCCAGCGCUGUCAACCUUACCACCGCCAACGGGAGCAUGUUGCUGGAAAUGGCCUCCCCACCUUCGGCCGCGUCCGCCCUUCCGGCCCUGUUCAGCCUGAACGGAACGGCGCUGGACUUUGGACUCGGGGGAGUGGGGGCUGGGCCGGGAGGAAGCUACCCCGCCCCCAACUACAGCUUCCCCUUUCACAACUUUGUGCAGAAAGAGUUUAUCUUCGAUCGGACCGAUGUGAGAGUGAUUUUCAUUACGCUGUACUCGCUGGUGUUUUGCUGCUGCUUUUUUGGCAACCUGCUGGUGAUACUGGUGGUAACGAUGUCCCGCCGGUUGCGCUCCAUCACCAACUUCUUCCUGGCGAACCUGGCCGUGGCCGACCUGUGCGUGGGGGUGUUCUGUGUGAUGCAGAACCUGACGAUCUAUCUGAUCGAAAGCUGGGUGUUUGGAGACUUCCUGUGCAAAAUGUACCAAUUUGUGCACUCGCUCAGCUACACGGCGUCCAUCUUCAUCCUGGUGGUGAUCUGCACGGAGCGGUACUUUGCCAUCAUCCAUCCGAUCACCUGCAAGCAGAUACUGACCUCGAGGCGGUUGCGGCUGGUCAUCGUGGCCGUCUGGAUCACGUCGGCCGUCUACUCGGUGCCAAAGUUUAUCUUCGUCCGGACGAUUACGAACAACCUCGGCGACGACCAGCUCGAGACCAUCUGCAUCGUGAACCGGAAGGCGUUCAACUCGGAGCUGUUCGACAUCAUCAACUUUGCCUUACUGUACCUGCUGCCGCUGCUGGUCAUGACCAUUCUGUACAGCCGGAUAGCGAUCGCACUGUGGAAGAGCUCGCGGGGGUUGGAGCGCCACAUUGCGCUCCAGAACACGACCUCGUCCAGCUACUCGAACAACUUCCACCGGAAGCCGAGCAGCAAGUACGAGAAGCGCGCCGUCGGCGUCACGGAGAGUCAGGUCUCGGUGGAGUCGGACAAGGUGGUGGUGACCACGUGGCGCUCGCAGAACAGCUUCCACCAGCAGCGCCACCACGGCACGCAGCUGACGCAGGUCAGCCACUCGUCAAACAACGUGCUGCGGGCACGCCGUGGGGUAAUCCGGAUGCUGAUGGUGGUGGUGCUCACGUUUGCCCUCUGCAAUCUGCCCUUCCACGCGCGCAAGAUGUGGCAGUAUUGGUCAACCGACUACAAAGGUGACUCCAACUUCAACGCCCUGUUUACGCCGCUCACCUUCCUCGUGACGUACUUCAACUCGGGCGUCAACCCGCUGCUGUACGCCUUCCUCAGUCGGAACUUCCGCAAGGGAAUGCGCGAGCUGUUGCUGUGCUCCUUCAAGAAGAACAAAAACAAAUCCCUCAACCAGCGGAUCCCGAUGCACAACCAUUCCUUACGAACCGAUUCAACCCAUGUAGGAUUUCCCCAAUGAUGCUACGACCUGAUCGUGUGCCGGCGGCGGUGGCGGCAAACCUCCUCCUGCUGCUGCUGCUGCCCCUCGUGGAGCUUCCGGAGCUCGCUG